UAUUCCUUGGCAAUCCUCAGCGCGCGCCCCCAGUCCAGCAGCAGCAACGGCACGCGCAUCUCAAAAGAGAGGAUAGGACAUCCGCAGAGCUCGAGACGCUUCUGAGCGAUCCUGGAAUCACGCCAUGAACUCGCACCGUGUGUGAUGGAGGUAAUGUUUCGGUAGGAACCGCUAUCGUAUGCUGCUGUGGCUUCGCGUGAGGAGCAUUAACACCACCAUGAAGCUGCUGUUAAUGGUGACACUGUUGUGGCGCGAGGCAUUGUGCGGAUCUCCGAGCGUCCAGAUCGGUGGUUUAUUCCCCAGGGGUGCAGAUCAGGAGUACAGUGCAUUCAGAGUUGGCAUGGUUCAGUUUGGGAUGGCAGAUUUCAGACUGACUCCACAUAUAGACAACCUGGAGGUGGCCAACAGCUUUGCUGUCACUAACUGCUUUUGUUCCCAGUUCUCUCGAGGUGUCUAUGCCAUAUUUGGCUUCUAUGACAAGAAGUCAGUAAACACCAUCACAUCCUUCUGUGAGACACUUCAUGUCUCCUUCAUCACACCCUCUUUUCCAGCAGAAGGAAUGAAUCAGUUUGUUCUCCAGAUGAGGCCAGACAUCAAGGGGCCACUGGUUUCAUUAGUUGAAUACUACAAAUGGGAAAAGUUUGCCUAUCUAUACGACAGUGAUAGAGGUCUUUCUACUCUUCAGGUAAUACUGGACACUGCAGCAGAGAAAAAAUGGGUUGUCACAGCCAUAAAUGUGGGAAACCUGAAAGACGAGAGGAAGGAUGAAGCCUAUCGCUCCCUGUUUCAGGACCUGGAGAUCCGCAAGGAGCGACGCAUCAUCUUGGACUGUGAACAAGACAAAGUCAAAGACAUCAUGGAACAGGUGAUCACUAUAGGCAGGCAUGUAAAGGGAUAUCACUAUAUCAUCGCCAACUUGGGUUUUGUAGAUGGUGACCUCUCUAAAAUCCAGUAUGGAGGUGCAAAUGUGUCUGGGUUUCAAAUAGUAGAUUUUGAUGAUCCUGUAGUAGCAAAGUUUGACCAACGAUGGGAGGCUCUUGAAGAGAAGGAGUAUCCUGGAGCUGAUACACGGAUCAGAUAUACCUCAGCCCUCACCUAUGACGCUGUCCACGUAAUGACUGAGGCAUUCCGCUUCCUUUAUAAGCAGAGAAUAGAUAUGAGUCGUCGUGGCAACAAUGGGGACUGUCUGGCCAAUCCAGCUGUACCCUGGGCACAGGGGGUGGAGAUUGAACGUGCCCUCAAACAGGUGCGUGUAGAUGGUUUAACAGGGAACAUUCAGUUUGACCAGUACGGGAAGAGAAUCAACUACUCUGUGACAAUCAUGGAGCUGAAGAAUAAUGGACCUGUUAAGAUUGGCUAUUGGAAUGAGGUGGAUAAGAUGGUGGUGACAAAGUCAGACCUUUACCCUAAUGACACCAUGGGAAUGGAAAACAAGACAGUCAUUGUCACAACUAUUUUGGAAGCCCCCUAUGUGAUGCUGAAGAAAAAUGCUGAGCUAUUUCAAGACAAUGACCGUUAUGAAGGUUAUUGCGUCGACCUGGCUGCAGAGAUUGCAAAGCACUGUGGUAUACGCUACCAGUUAAGGAUUGUGGGAGAUGGCAAAUACGGAGCAAGAGAUGCAGAAACCAAGAUCUGGAAUGGUAUGGUUGGAGAGCUGGUGUAUGGGAAAGCAGAUAUAGCAGUUGCUCCCCUGACAAUCACUCUUGUUCGAGAGGAGGUGAUAGAUUUCUCCAAACCCUUCAUGUCUUUGGGAAUCUCCAUCAUGAUCAAAAAGCCACAGAAAUCCAAACCAGGAGUCUUCUCUUUUCUGGACCCACUGGCCUAUGAAAUCUGGAUGUGCAUUGUCUUUGCCUACAUAGGAGUUAGUGUUGUACUCUUUCUGGUAUCCAGAUUCAGCCCCUAUGAGUGGACAUUAGAGGAGCCAGAGGAUGGAGCAUUGCCGCUAACAACCGAAUCCACCAAUGAGUUUGGGAUUUUUAACUCCCUUUGGUUCUCUUUGGGUGCUUUUAUGCGGCAGGGUUGUGACAUCUCACCAAGGUCUCUGUCAGGUCGUAUAGUUGGGGGUGUGUGGUGGUUUUUCACGCUGAUCAUCAUUUCAUCAUAUACUGCCAACCUGGCUGCCUUUCUGACUGUGGAGAGGAUGGUUUCUCCCAUCGAGAGUGCUGAAGACCUGGCUAAACAGACAGAGAUAGCAUAUGGAACCCUGGACUCUGGAUCCACUAAGGAGUUCUUUAGGCGCUCUAAAAUCGCCUUAUUUGACAAGAUGUGGCAGUACAUGAAAUCAGCAGAACCUUCCGUCUUUGUCAAGAAAACAUCGGAGGGUGUUUUGCGUGUCAGGAAAUCCAAAGGGAAGUAUGCCUACCUGCUGGAAUCCACCAUGAACGAGUACAUUGAGCAGAGGAAACCCUGUGACACCAUGAAAGUGGGAGGAAACCUGGACUCCAAGGGCUACGGCAUUGCCACGCCCAAAGGAUCCCCAUUAAGAGUGCCAGUAAACCUUGCCGUAUUGAAACUGAAUGAGCAAGGGACCCUAGACAAGAUGAAAAACAAGUGGUGGUACGAUAAAGGAGAGUGUGGCUUCAAGGACUCCACCAAUAAGGAGAAGACCAGUGCUCUGUCUCUUAGUAAUGUAGCAGGGGUGUUCUACAUCCUCGUUGGAGGUCUGGGUCUGGCCAUGAUGGUAGCGCUGGUAGAGUUCUGCUACAAGAGUCGUGCUGAGGCCAAAAAAAUGAAGAUGAAAUUCACAGAUGCAAUGCGCUCCAAAGCUCGUCUGUCCAUCACAGGAUCGACCAGUGAGAAUGGCCGUGUCCCAGUGGCAUACCUCCGCCCAGGAUUACCCAUGAGCCUCAGCAUGACUGAUCUCUCCUGACCACACUCGAGUCAGUGCCUUACAGCCAGUCAAGACACAUAGUUCCUUACCCUUCGAAAGUAAAUGGAAAUGCUUGUCAUCUCCUUUGAUGACAAAUUACCACUCACAGAAGCUUAUCUGCCCUAAUUUUCAGUCUGGAGUUUAUCAUACCAUAUUUCUCAGAGGACUCGUGAUCUCACUCUUUAACAUCUAACCUAGCAAGACUGGACAGAUGUCCUCCAACCACUUGACUGUCAGGCAUCAGCAAAGACCUGCCCACCUAUGGAGGGAAUCACUUGACCGUCAGCAAGUAAUAGCUGGUCAUUUACAAAUUCAUGAAAAACAAGCACAGGGGACAGUUUUCUAAACAAACCCACAUCAUUGUUAUGUAGAUUUUUUGCCAUGGAGGUUCAUCUUGUAUAGAGAAUUAGUACAAUAGUGAUACUGACACUGAUGCAAUGACAGCAUUAAUAGGGGAUGUGAUUAGGAAUUACUGGAAUAAAAGCAGAAUCUUAAAAUGAGUGUAAGUGCUAUGAACAAAACUAAUGAAAAAUCACAUCUACAAAAUAAUAGUAAUUUGACAGAAGAUAAUGACACUGAUAUUAUUAGUAAUUGUUUAUUUCUGCCUGAAAAUCCCUUAUUAGUAGAGACUUUUACCAGACCCAGGAGAUACAUGGACUGGCGCGCGCACACACACACACACACACACACACACACACACACACACAAGAAGACAUGCACUAUACACAGGAAUGGGCAAAAAAUAAGUCUGUGUAUGUGUAUAUCCUAUCUAUCCUCCUGUCAACAUGUAUGAUUGUAGAUAACUUUUGUAAUUUAUUUUAAAGUCCCUUUGUAAACAAUUUUAACAUUGCUGACUUAAGUAAAUCCUAGUAGUAGAAUCAAGAAACAUCAAUCAAAUGCAACUGGGGGACACUGAGAAUUACUGGGUUAAAACCAACACAGACUGCACAGUUUUCAUUGGCAUAGACCUGGAUUUAAAUCACACAGUUGGGCACCAUUAUGCUGGAUUUGUGUGGUUCACAGUAAAAAAGCAAACGUGGCGUUGUGUAGAGUCUUCUUAAGCCAAUAUUGUGUGAUUUCUGUGUAAAAGAGGUUUUACUGUGUGUGUAGGCAGAAGCGUGCUGUUGUAUGAGUUAUCCAGGUUAAGGACUUGACAGGAAUGUGGUGAUGUAUAAAUUAGGUAGGAUACAAUAGAAACACACUCAUAAACAGAGAUCUUGAAAUUAUAACCUGCAAACUGUACACAGAAAGUAACCAUGGAAACACUGUCACAUUGUUGUCAACCUGGAAGGGGCUAAAUUUUAAAUAAGACAUGUCUGAAGUUGAGUUCAAGCAUCCUACCAGAGACAGUCCCAGUAGUGUAUCUGGUUUCAGGUCAGUUUCAGAUCGUUCUGUGUAAAGCUUCAGACUGAGGCCACGUGUAUUGCACUGUGGCCUUUGCAACAAUCAUCAGAUAUUCAUCCUCUUUACUAACUUUUACACCCUGAAAAAGGUUAUAGACAUGCACCCUGUUAACUUUUCUAUUUUUCUUCUUUAAAAAAUGUAAAUUUCUUACCUCGCUGUGGAAUCAAUUGACUAUAUUAUUAUCAUUAGAUUGAAAUAAAAUGUGAAAUCAAACUAACUUUAGCAAAAUGAAAUCUUCUACUCUCACUAAAUAACAAAAAAGAUCAUCUCAAGAGCAUCCAUCCAGGAUUAAAUGGAACAAUCAAAAGCAUAUUUAUGAAACAAACUUGUAGUCCCCAAUCACAAAAUGAGAGAAUGUGACGUCACUAUGACAUCAUCAUUUUUUAUUUUUUAGAUGAGACAACAGUCCUCCAGUGCCAUAGAAGACAAUAUACAACCAUUUUCACUUGCUGCAGAGGACUUAAUUGGUGGAUAAAUGAGAAACACUGCCCAUUCCUGCCUAUAGAUCAGCUCACUAAUACCGCAACAUAGACACAAAUAUACAUUAUUACCCAUACAGUACAUCAGUACACACUGACAUACAUUAUAUCUGAUACACACGUCUUUGCACACACACAUGCACAUAAUUUGGAAGCCAACUGGAAGAUGUGCCAAACAGACUGAGAACCAAUCAGAGCUCUCCGUGCUCAGCCAAUGGCAGCUGCUGAUACUGAAACCUGAGCCAAUAGGGAGCACUCAAUGCUGUAAAGUGGAUUAAAAAACUGAACAAAAACCUUUGUUGUAAUAACUUAACUGCACUGAUAAUGACAACAAAGAAGAGGAGGAUGAAGAACUAAGAGAGAAUGAAGAGAACGAUUGCAUGUCACUUUGAGUUUUUUCUUUCAGAUGAACUUGUCAGCCUGAAGCUUUGUGCCUGGCUGCAAUUUAGUGUUUAAUAAUGAUAGUAAUAAUUAUAUUAACAAUAUUAAUUGCAGUAUUAAUGUGGUUCUUGUUAUGUAUAGUGUAUGCUUUUAAGAACUCAAAUCAGCUAUUUCAUUCACCAGGAUUUUUUUUUUUUUUUUUAAUUUACUUUUUUGGAGCUGCUAGUUAGGAGCUAUCUGGUUAGCAGAAAAGCUAGAAGAAAAAAAGAUGUGAUAAAUGCCAGGUAAAGAAAAGCUGAAAAUGUUUUCUGCCUCCAUUUCCUCUCAUUGAUUCAUAGAUUUUUUCAUAGACCACAUGUGGUAAUUAUCACAAGAUUUCAUAGUGUUAUUAUCAAGUGAAAAUGAUUUACUGAGAGAAAUGUGGAAAUGAUCACUCUUCACUUCACUGACUUUGCCUCGGGUAUAACUUCAUUUUCUAUUAAACUCAUCAAUUUUGACUGAAAUGUUGUAAGUUGUGUGUGUGUGUGUGUGUGUGUGUGUGUGUGUGUGUGUGUGUGUGUUUCUAUAAGUGCAGCUCAAAGCCCCAACAAAGUAUUGAGUGUAUAAAUUAACAUACUUGUCAGAAGUUGGACAUUCCUGUGCUGUGUAUCCUUUUUUGUUUGAUGAUAUAAAAUAUUCUGAUAAUUUGAACUGCAUUUCUGAUUUUCAUGAGCUAUAAGUCAAAAUGAUCAAAAUUAAAACCAAAAAAGGCUUGAAAUAUGUCACUUUACAUGUACAUGAAAUGAAUAUGAAAUAAAUGGCAGUUUACAUUAAAUUAUGAACCAAAAAUAACUUUUUCACUAUAUUCUAAUUUUGUUUAUAUACAAAUCUCCUUCUCACCGACCCCCACAGUGAUGAUGAUGUCAUUGCUGUUAUAGAUCACUUUCUGAAGGUCCAUGAUGCAGACUUCUACAAAAAAGGGAUCUGUGUGACAUCACAGAUGGACUGAGUGUGUAAAUGUAGGAGUGAACAAAGCUGAAAAAUAAAUGUUCUUCUAAAACUGA